AUGCAGCAGACCACGAGGCCAUUGAACCAGCACCGUCCGUCGCUCUCGUCUGCCUCUUCUUCCGGACUUACCACCCGACAAUCCCACUCGCGUACCAACUCCCACUCCAUCCUCAGCGGCGCCCUCAAUGCCAACCACCGUGUCACCCGCCGAAAGUCCAUGACGAACACUGCAGCGAACGCGGCAGCCAUGGCAGCGGCGAUCAGAGAAGUCGGAGGGGAUAAGGUCACGCCGAUUGCCGUGAGCUCUCGCCGUAACACGACGUCGAAGAGCGCUGCCGCUCGCGCCGCAAUCGUCGGGAGCCUACCUUCUCCCCCAGCGAGCCUGCCAACGCAGAAGUUCCACUUGGACGGCAAGAUGGACGUCAACGAGAACGCAAUUGAGGACGAACCGAACAACGCAUCGGGCGACGAGGGCGAAAAUAACAUGCAAAAGGCUCGCAUGCGUCGCGCUAGCGAUGGCCAGCCUCUCGUCAAGGAGGGCAGUAGGAAGUUCAACCGCGUUGAGCUCAAGUGCGAGACUUGCGGAAAGGGAUACAAGCACAGCAGUUGCCUGACCAAGCAUUUGUUCGUUCCCUUCCCCAUUCCCCGCAUCCCCGUUCUCCAGUUCCCGUCCCGAGUUUCGGGAUCCGAACGAUGGACCUGGUGGGAACACACUCCCGAGUGGUCUUUGACUUCCAAGCUCCUCAUCUCUAAGCACCAACAAGUGCAACUACUCGAGGCAGCAUCUGUCCUUCUGACAAUGAACCAUGGUAAGGACGAGGCCGAGGCCGACGCGGCCACGCCCCCGGAUUCUGCCAAGGAUUUCCCCAGUGACCAAGAGUCUGCCUCUCCGGCGGCAUCUGGAUACUCGGACGAGAGGCACAGCUCUGCUGAUACCACUCCUCCGCCUCAAUUGGAAGGUUUUGCUUCGUCGGAUCGUUCGUUCGCGAAGAGAUUUGGCUCUGGAAGCGGAUUCGGUCGGUCGUAUCAAUCUGCGCCUUCUACCAACCCACUCGUGACGGGCAGCAUGCCCCAUGACUCAGGAAUCUCCCACCACUUCCGCCACAACAGCCAAGACCAGCGACCACUGUCGUCAGGAAGGAAUGCUACUGGCCAAGAAGACCGCGACCUUGCGGCUGCCGUCGAGCUCCUGAGCUGCAGUUUCAACAGCAACAACGGGCGCCCGGUGGGUGUUCCCGCUGACGCUCCUCCCGUGCCUCCUCUACCCGCGCAAUACCUCGAUCAAGCCGCAUCGUUCUCCAGUGCAGGAUUCAGUGGUGGCUUCAGCGCAGGAUUCAGCGCAGGAUUCCUCAGCAGCUUCCCCAGCAGACAGCCCGAGAGCUUCACUCGCGGUGAAGUUCGCGGCGCCGAUGUCAAGAUGGAGGACAACGACAGCGUCAUGGACGAUGACGACUUUGACCGUAGAUCUCGAUCUCGAAGCGACGAGGACGAUGAUGGCGUUUUCGGACGGAUGGAAGAGUAG